AUGAGCGGCAAGGUCUCUACCGGUGCGAAAAUCAUCAGGAGCAUCGUCAAGAACGAUGCAGUCAAGACGGAUCCCCCAGAGAUCUACGGGUGGCGUGCAUUCGCCAUGGCUGGCUCUGCCUGUUUCGGAGGCAUGCUUUUCGGUUUUGAUAUUGGUACUAUCGGAGGUGUUCUCGAACUGCAGGAGUUCAAGGUCAAGUACGGUCUGGACACCAAGACCAAGGCACAGCGUGCUGAUCUCGGUGCCAACAUCGCCUCGACCCUCCAGGCUGGGUGUUUCCUCGGUUGUUUCCUGGGUUCCUGGAUGGCUGAUAAAUGGGGUCGCAAGAUGACUCUUCAGGUCGCCGGUCUCAUCACCAUCGUCGGUUGUGUUAUUCAAGCCGCAGCCUCGGGCAGCCUCGCAGCUAUGUACAUCGGUCGUCUCGUCGCUGGUGUCGGUGUCGGAGAAGCCUCCAUGGUCGUCCCUCUCUACAUUUCUGAGAACGCUCCUCGUGCCAUUCGUGGCGGUCUUACCGGUCUUUACCAGCUGUUCAUCGCUACUGGAACCUGCUUGGCUUUCUGGGUCAACUACGGCUCGCUUCUGCACAUCCCCGGCCAGGCUGUCUACAUGGUUCCCCUUGCUCUUCAGGCUCUUCCCGCCGUCCUCCUCUUUGUCUGCAUGGCGCUCAACAAGGAGUCUCCUCGUUUCCUUGCCAAGCAGGAUCGCUGGGAGGAGGCUACCGCCGUCCUUGCUCGUGUCCGCAACUUGCCUGCAUCGCACCCGUACGUUGCUGCUGAGUUGAAGGAUAUUGCCGACCAGCUUGAGCACGAGCGCAUGCUCAUCGCCGGUGCUUCCAUCAAGGAUCUUCUCAAGGAGAUGUUCACCAUCCCCGGUAACCGCAAGCGUGCUCUUAUUUCCAUCGGACUCAUGAUCUGCCAGCAGAUGACCGGAACCAACGCCAUCAACUACUACGCGCCCCAGAUCUUCACUGCGCUCGGUCUCAGCGGCAACGAGGUCAAGCUCUUCGCUACCGGAAUCUACGGCAUUGUCAAAAUGAUCGCUUGUCUCUGCUUCUUGAUUUUCGCUGCUGACUCGCUUGGUCGCCGCCGUUCGCUUCUGUGGACCUCCAUCGCCCAGGGCGUUUCCAUGUUCUAUAUUGGUCUCUACAUGCGCUUCGACCCUCCCUCAGGUGGUAAUGUCCCUGGCGCCGGUUACUUCGCGCUUGUCUGCGUGUUCCUCUUCGCCGCUUUCUUCCAGUUCGGGUGGGGUCCCGUCUGCUGGAUCUACGUCUCCGAGAUCCCAGCCGCCCGCCUUCGAUCCCUCAACGUCGCCAUCGCUGCAGCUACCCAGUGGCUAUUUAACUUCGUCGUUGCACGCGCCACUCCCAAUAUGAUGACCACUGUCGGAUUCAACGGAUACGGCACCUUCCUCAUCUACGGAACCUUCUGCUUCUCCAUGUUCUUCUUCGUCUGGUUUCUUGUUCCCGAGACCAAGGGCCUGUCGCUCGAGAAGAUGGACGACCUGUUCGGUAUCACCGAGCUCAUCAAGAACAUGGAGGCCGACCGCGAGGGCCGCCCUUCCAUCAACGAGGUCGGUAUUGACGGCAAGGAGAUCGUUCGUGAGGAGCGCAAGGAGGUUGCUCCCAACUCGCACUAG